CGAACUCCCAAGUCCCAACCAGAAGGCUGAAGAAGAUGUCAUCUCGCCUCCUCCGCGUUCCCCAAUGUCUCCGCCGCCUCUUCUCCUCCGGAAACCAUAACCCUGACCCUAACCCUAAUUCCUCCCCGAAGCGCCUGAAGACAACGAUCAAUUACCUCUCCCGGGAGCACAACCCCGACAAGCUCGUCGCCGCCUUCAAGAAGUCGUCCGAGUCCUACCGUUUCCGCUGCAAGCACCGCAUCUACGAGAUCGUCGUCCGCCGCCUCGCGGCCGUCGGCCGCCCCGACGCCGUCGAGGCCAUCCUCGAGGAACAGAAACGCUACCCCGCCGAUAUCGCGCGCGAGGGCUUCGCCGUCCGCCUCAUCUCCCUCUACGGCAAGGCCGGCAUGCCCGCCAACGCUGCCGCCUCCUUCCACCAGCUCCCCGCCCUCGGCUGCUCCCGCUCCGUCAUGUCCUUCAACGCCCUCCUCAGCGCCUGCGCCGAUGCUGGCGAUUCCGACCGGAUGUUCGCAGUCUUCCGGGAGAUCCCUGCCGCCGAUCCCUCCAUCGUCCCCAAUAUCUUCUCCUACAACAUCCUCAUCCGCUCCUUUUGUGAAAAGGGCGAUCUUGAUGCGGCCUUCGAUGUGUUGAGCCUCAUGGAGAAGAAUGAGAUCGCCCCUGAUUUGAUCUCCUUCAAUACUCUGUUGAAUGGUUUCUAUUCAAACAAGAGAUUCUCCGACGCCAAAAAAAUUUGGACUUUAAUGGGUGAGAAAAAUAUCGAGCCGGAUACCAAGAGCUUCAAUGCGAAGCUGAGGGCACUGGUUUCAGAAGGAAAGAUUUCUGAGGCAGUGGAGCUUGUCGAUGAAAUGAGGCGGGUUGGACCAAAGCCCGACACUUUCUCUUUCAAUGCUCUGAUCAAAAGAUACUGCCAAGACGGGAACUUGAAAAUGGCCAAGAGGCUGUACUUGGAUUUGACGAAGAAUGACUGUGCUCCCAACAGGGGGACCUUCGAGACACUGAUCCCCAGUCUUUGUGAGGCUGGGGAUCUCGACCUGGCUCUCAAGUGUUGUAAUGAUAGCAUGAGCCACCGCUGUGUUGUGGAUGCAUCAGUGCUGCAGGAGGUGGUGGAUGGGCUGGUAAAGUUGUCAAGAGUGGAGGAGGCUAAGAAGCUUGUGAAGCUUGGACGGAGGAAUUUUUAUUCACGGAAGGAUCUGAGAAUGCCUUUAUCAUCUUGAGUCUCCUAGGUAGAUACAAUUUCCAAUUGUUGUAAUUCAUGUUCUAUGAAUUAUGAGGCAGUUGGCGUGCUCCUGUUUUGAUGCUCUGCAGGGAAGAAUUCAAUCAGAUAUUGUUUUAGAGGGGAAAAAAACUUUCAUCAUACGUAUGAUGCUGCUUGAACGAUACUUGCACUAAUUAGUGUUGCUAUGCAUUUGGUGUUUUCAAAGAUGCUGCUUGAACGAUACUUGCACUAAUUAGUGUUGCUAUGCAUUUGGUGUUUUCAAAGGUUUUUGCUGUUUCCUGCAACUUAAUAUAAAAGUUUCCUCGACUUAGGUCUGUUUUUAGUCCA